UUCUUGGACCAACAUGGCACUGCGAGGGUUGAGGGUUCUAGAGAUGGCUGGUCUUGCUCCGGUGCCGUUUGCUGGUAUGGUUUUAGCAGACUUUGGAGCGUCUGUUAUCAGAAUAGAUAGAGUUCAAGCACAAUCUCUUGAUACUCUUGCAAGAGGCAAAAGGUCUGCGUCAAUUGACCUUCAAGAUGAACGUGGUAGGCAAAUAGUGAAAAAGCUAAGUAAUCAAGCUGAUGUCCUUAUUGAUUCGUAUAGACCGGGUGUAAUGGAAAAGAUGGGUCUUGGUCCCGUGCAGCUGCUGGAGUCAAAUCCACGGCUUAUUUAUGCACGAUUAACAGGAUAUGGGCAGUCAGGUCUUUUUUCACAGAAAGCUGGUCACGAUAUCAAUUACUUGAGUAUUGCUGGAGUGUUGUCUAUGCUUGGUCGGAAAGAUGAAAAUCCAAUUGCACCUAUUAAUUUGUUGGCAGACUUUGGGGGAGGAGGUUUGCUUUGUGUUGUUGGCAUUCUUAUUGGACUAUUGACAAGAUCCAAGACAGGUAAAGGUCAAGUCAUUGAUUCAAGCAUGACUGAAGGCGCAUCUUACUUGUCUACGUUUUUGCGGACAUCACAUCAAAUUGGAAUCUGGACAGGACCAAGAGGGACAAAUGUUUUGGAUUCUGGUGCACCAUUUUAUGAUACCUAUCGCACUUUGGAUGGCAAAUUUAUGGCAGUUGGAGCAAUUGAGCCACAAUUUUACAAGAGGUUUGUCAGUGGGUUGGGACUUGACAAUUCUAGAAUUCCCAACCAGAUGGACACAUCAAAAUGGGAUGACCUCAAAGAAUUGUUCAGCAAAUGCUUUGCUACAAAGACACAAGCUGAAUGGGUGGAAGCAUUUAAAGAUGUUGAUGCUUGUGUCACGCCUGUGUUGAGCAUGGACGAAGCCACAACUCAUCCUCAUAAUCAGGAUCGAAGUUCUUUUGUGCAUGUUGAUGAAGAGACAGUAUUACCAGCUUUGGCUCCAAGAUUUUCAUCAUUUCCUGGUUACAAAGCAUCUGGGCCUCUGCCUGAAGUGGGACAGCACACCAGACAAGUUCUGCUGGAGGUCGGCUACACAGAGGAGGAAGUUGAUUAUUUGUGUCAAGAGAAUGUUAUCAGACAACAAACACAGAAAUCUCGUCUUUGAAUUAAUUGAUUUUAUGACAAUACAUUUGACCAAUCCAAAUCUGUGCAGGUACUACAGUAGUACAUAAUAAAGUACAAGUGAG